AUGAAGAAACAAGAAGGAGGAAUAUCUAUCUAUCUAUCUAUCUAUCUAUCUAUCUAUCUAUCUAUCUAUCUAUCUAUCUUAAUCUGUUCAUAUCUAUCUAUCCCAAUCUGUUCAUAUCUAUCUAUCUAUCUAUCUAUCUAUCUAUCUAUCUAUCUAUCUAUCUAUCUAUCUCAAUCUGUUCAUUUCUAUCUAUCUAUCUAUCUAUCUAUCUAUCUAUCUAUCUAUCUAUCUGUUGAUUCCUAUCUAUCCCAAUCUGUUCAUCUCUCUCUCUCUCUCUCUCUCUCUCUCUAUCUAUCUAUCUAUCUAUCUAUCUAUCUCAAUUUGUUCAUUUCUCUCUCUAUCUAUCUUAAUCUGUUCAUUUCUUUCUCUCUAUCUAUCUCAAUCUGUUUAUUUCUAUCUCAAUCUGUUCAUUUCUCUCUCUCUCUCUCUCUCUCUCUCUACCUAUCUCAAUCUGUUAAUACUUACCUAUCUCAAUUUGUUCAUUAUCUAUCUAUCUAUCUAUCUAUCUAUCUAUCUAUCUAUCUAUCUAUCUAUGUUAACAUACAUCCGAAACUUCAUCGUCUAUUCAUAAGUUCUUUAACUAUCAUAAGAUCAAUCGCUCCCCAUCGGUUGUAA